GAGUGGUACUUCCGGUCGGAGAGGCACUUCCGGCGUGGCGGGGCCGGGCGGGGACACCGGGAGGAGGCCGCGGGUACCGGGAGGAGGCCGCGGCCGCCGCUGAGCCCCGAGCGGGCCGGGCCCGCCGCCCGCGGGAAUUCCAGCCGGGCUGGAUCUUCAUCUUCAUCUUCCCGUUUUUUCUUCCUUUUUCCGGGAUCAGAUCCCAGCAGGAGCUCGCCUGGAGAGGGAAAAAUGGGAUUUUGGGAGGAAUUCCGUGCUCGGAGCGAGGCCGCGGCCGCCCCUUCCCGGAGGAAUUCUGCUGCGGGAGGGUUCUGGCGCCGGUGACGAGCGAUGGGGUAUGAUGUGGCUCGCUUCCAGGGGGACGUCGACGAGGACCUGAUCUGCCCCAUCUGCAGCGGGGUCCUGGAGGAGCCGGUGCAGGCCCCACACUGCGAGCACGCCUUCUGCAAUGCCUGCAUCACGCAGUGGUUCUCGCAGCAGCAGACGUGCCCCGUGGACCGCAGCGUGGUGACGGUGGCCCACCUGCGCCCGGUGCCGCGGAUCAUGCGGAACAUGCUCUCCAAGCUGCAGAUCACCUGCGACAACGCCGUCUUCGGCUGCACGGCCGUCGUGCGCCUCGACAACCUCAUGGCACACCUCAACGACUGCGAGCACAACCCCAAGCGGCCGGUCACCUGCGAGCAGGGAUGCGGCUUGGAGAUGCCCAAGGAUGAGCUGCCCAACCACAACUGCAUCAAGCACCUGCGCUCGGUGGUGCAGCAGCAGCAGACACGGAUCGCCGAGCUGGAGAAGACCUCGGCCGAGCACAAGCACCAGCUGGCAGAGCAGAAGAGGGACAUCCAGCUGCUCAAGGCCUACAUGAGGGCGAUCCGCAGCGUCAACCCCAACCUGCAGAACCUGGAGGAGACCAUCGAGUACAACGAGAUCCUGGAGUGGGUGAACUCCCUGCAGCCGGCGCGGGUGACGCGCUGGGGCGGCAUGAUCUCCACGCCGGACGCGGUGCUGCAGGCGGUCAUCAAGCGCUCGCUGGUGGAGAGCGGCUGCCCGGCGUCCAUCACCAACGAGCUGAUCGAGAACGCCCACGAGCGCAACUGGCCGCAGGGGCUGGCCACGCUGGAGACGCGCCAGAUGAACCGGCGCUACUACGAGAACUACGUGGCCAAGCGCAUCCCCGGCAAGCAGGCCGUGGUGGUGAUGGCCUGCGAGAACCAGCACAUGGGCGAGGACAUGGUGCUGGAGCCGGGGCUCGUCAUGAUUUUCGCUCACGGCGUGGAGGAGAUCUGAUUAAAAACGGCUCUGGGAGCCGCGGGGAUGGCCUGGAGUUGGGUUUUAGGGUU